AGUUUAAUAAACUGGACAAUUUUCACAUAAGAUCAUCAGUUAAAGGAUUUUACUGCUGCUCUGAUUCUGAUGUGGACUCGUUGGGUGAUGAGAUUGAUGGCAGUCCUUUCUACAAAUAUGUUGACAGUCAACAUGUUACUGAGUGUCUUCUUUCUUCCAGGUGCUUUGGCUGCUUGUCCUGAAGAUUCAGCCCUCUUCAUCACUGCACCACUGAAGAUGGAAGCACUGAGUGGAUCUUGUUUGCUAAUCCCGUGUAACUUUAGUGCUAGAAAAGCAACAGAAUUUGAUGGAAGCAGAGAAACAACUGGAGUGUGGAUUAAAAAUGACCCAUAUUUUAAACAAAAUUCAAACAAUGUGAUUUUCAACAGUAGUCAGACUGUUAACACCUAUCCAAUGAAAAUUACUGGAAACCUGAAAGAGAAAAACUGCACCACUCUAUUUUCCAAUUUAAUCACAACAUAUACAGACAUAUACUACUUUAGAGUUGAGAACUGGCCAUUCUUGUCAACAGCUGUUUGUGAUCCUCUUCAUAUAACAGUCACAGAUUCUCCUCCGAGCCCAACAAUUAAACACUCAGGUGAGCUGAAGGAGAAGGAGUCUGUCACUAUAACCUGCUCAGCUUUCACUCCCUGUCCACACUCCCCUCCUAAACUCACCUGGAAUCUCCAACAAGACGCUCACAACACAAUAGAGGAGAACACAGAUCAAACCUUUACCACUAAAAUCCAGAAGACCAUCACUCUGUCUGACAAGGAUGAUGGAUACACCAUCACCUGUUCUUCCAUCUACUCUGUGAAUGAAGGACACAAUGUUAAGUCAGCAGAGGGAAAAGUGACUCUCAAUGUUUCAUAUGCUCCUAAAGACACCUCAGCAAUGAUCAGUCCAUCAGGUUUGGUGUCACCAGGUAGCUGGGUGAACCUGACCUGCUCUAGCAGAGCCAAGCCUGCCGCCAACUUCAUCUGGUUCAAGAUCACCAAAGAUGGACUCAUGAGACUAUCUGAUGGAGACUUCUACAGCUUCAUUGUGACAGAUGGAGGAGUUUAUUACUGUGUGGCCACAAAUGAUGUUGGUACUCAGUCAUCAUCACGGAUCCAUCUGACUAUUAAAGAUUCUCCUCCGAGCCCCACAAUUGAAAUCUCAGGUGAGCUGAAGGAGAAGGAGUCUGUCACUAUAACCUGCUCAGCUUUCACUCCCUGUCCACACUCCCCUCCUAAACUCACCUGGAAUCUCCAACAAGACGCUCACAACACAAUAGAGGAGAACACAGAUCGAACCUUUACCACUAAAAUCCAGAAGACCAUCACUCUGUCUGACAAGGACGAUGGAUACACCAUCACCUGUUCUUCCAUCUACUCUGUGAAUGAAGGACACAAUGUUAAGUCAGCAGAGGGAAAAGUGACUCUCAAUGUUUCAUAUGCUCCUAAAGACACCUCAGCAAUGAUCAGUCCAUCAGGUUUGGUGUCACCAGGUAGCUGGGUGAACCUGACCUGCUCCAGCAGAGCCAAGCCUGCCGCCAACUUCACCUGGUUCAAGAUCAACAAAGAUGUUCACAUGAAAGUAUCUGAAGGAGACUUUUACAGCUUCAAUGUGACAGAUGGAGGAGUUUAUUACUGUGUGGCCACAAAUGAUGUUGGUAAUCAGUCGUCAUCAGAGAUCCAUCUGACUAUUAAAGCAAAACCACAGUGGGCAGUUCUUGGAGGAAUCAUUGGGAUCAUCAUACUCAUCUGCCUGGUUGUCACUGUGUGCACUCUCAUGUUUCUCAAGUGGUUUAAGUCGACACAUCCACAACAGACUGAGAGUCAAACAGGUGAAGAAGAGCUAGCUAAAACAGAAGAAGAAGGGAUCCAUUAUGGAGAGAUCAACUUCUCCAAGCAGAGACCUGGACAGUCCUCUGACUCAGUGCAGGCCAGCAGAGAGCAGCAGGAUAUUGUGUAUGAACAGGUCAAAGUGUCCUCGCCACAGACUGCUGACUGCCCAGAGGAGCUGUAUGCUCAAUCCUCUGACUCAGUGCAGGCCAGCAGAGAGCAGCAGGAUAUUGUGUAUGACCAGGUCAAAGUGUCCACGCCACAGACUGCUGACGGCCCAGAGGAGCUGUAUGCUCAAGUGAAGAAGAAAUGA